AUGAACUUGAAGUUCGCUAGUAAAGAAGAUGCUAUCGAUUUCUGCGUAAAGAAUAGAUGGACUUAUGAAGUAGAGAAAGAGCAUGAGCGCAAAAUACUGCCCAAAAAUUAUGCAUCGAACUUCGCAUGGAACAAGAAGACUCGUAUGUCACUCGCUUUCGCACCUCCUGAAGUACGUCAGGGUGUGCCUGACCAUCGCAGUACAGUUCAGGCACUUUUGAACGAGAAUUCCUCGCUAAUUAAGUCUAUAAGGGAUUAUCUAAGCAUGGGUCGCACCGAAGAAGCGGCUAAAUAUCAGCAGCUGUUGCACAGAAAUCUCAUACACCUUGCUCAGGCGGCGGAUCAGUCUCUUUUGCCACAAUUAAGGGACGAGAAUGCUCCAAAUGAUGAAAACUGUGCACAGCCGACGCCCUCAUCCGAAGGUGGUCCACCGUCUGGAGCACCUACACCGGUAAGUGCUCCAUACCCGGUGAAACAACAUCAGCCAACACCGCCUACAAUGAUGGCUCCGCCUAUGAUGCCUAUGCAACCUCAAGCAGCUCCUGUGCCAACUUCUCAGCCGCAAAUGGGGAUGCCAAUGGGACCUCCACAAGGUUACGGGUAUCCACCACAGGGUAUGCAUCCCGGAGCCCAGGUUGGUGGACCGCAAGUUAUGCCGGCUGGCUAUCCGCCUCAGGGUUACGAUCAGUCGAUGAUGUAUUCGCAGCAGCAACCUCCACAACAACCACAGCAACAAUACAUGCGU